AUGCUAUGUCAUUUGGUGAAAUGUUUACAUGACAUUAGUUUCAUCUUAAAUGCUUUAGCUCAACUAGAAUGCGACAAUUUCAUUUGCUUUCUCUAUCUCUGUAGUACAUCGGACAAUGAAGAAUGGUCCCGAGGUCCAGAUGAAUUCUAUAUUACUUCGAGAUCAACAGUGACAAACCGUCGUACGGAUGUAACCUCGAAGACCUAUCAGACUGGAAAUAAUGCCGGUAGCGAUUCUGAAGGCAAACUAGGAAAUCGUCAAGGAUAUGCAAUUUAUCGAUCUGAAGAUGAAAUUCCCUAUACCGACAGCAAGAAUUCUUCUUCAAUUCACGUAGAUGUUCGCCCCUCUUAUCCUCCAGUUAAUGUGCCUAUUCAGCGCAUUUCCACAACCGGUCGAAACUGGGCAGCAACAGGAGAGCAGAGGAACUAUGUUUAUCCCAGUGAGACACUAAUUGUCAGCCCUCCAGCAGCGCGAAAUUCAAGUAGACGGCAAAGAACUCUUCGACAAGGGAGCGAAACUCGAGUGGUGACAAAAAUGGUCAUACCUCCUCUUGAAUCACCAUGUCUUGGAAGACCAAGAAAUCAGCGCAGCUACUCAUCUGACAUUAUUCGAGAGUCUGAGCGUCGAAAGCAUUAUGAUCAGUCAACUUUGAACAGCAAUUUCAAGCAGAUGAAUAUUCAAGACACACAGGGUCGUUCACAGUCCACUAGUAGACGUAAAAAGGAUCAUCAUUCAAGGUGUUGCUGCCACCGUCACACCAGAAUCCGUCCAAGUUCGAGAUCAAGAGCUAGGGAUAUCUAUGGAACUGUCAGAGGUGUACCUAUGACCUUCGGUUACACUACACCCACGUUCGCAGUAUAUCCAGAUUGGGCAGGAAAUUACGCACAGGUGUCGCCAGCUGCCUACUACUAUCCUGAGGAGUAUGCAACCCCUGUUCCAGGUGUUCCAUAUCUAGCAUCGCCAGCGAUACCCAUUCACUAUAGCUUUCCACGACGAUAUCCACCACCAUCAGCUACAUUUGGACCUCGAUCAGGCAUGCCCCCAACUAUGACUCCAGGAACAACUUCAAGAUUAAUAUCUGGAUACCCCAGAAGUGCGAGAACACCGAGUCAGUACCACUGUGUGUGCUGUCCUAAUGGAGCUCAUCAAAGCACAGCUGAGAGGAAUUCACACGUAUUUAACUUCGAGAGUGAUCAAUGGGAGAGUGACGGCCUACCUCCGCCAAAUCCGUCUCAAUAUGGCCGAAGUACUCUUACUAAGCGUGCUCGUUCUAGACAAAAGUACUUCGAGACUCAGAGAAUACAAGCCCAGUCUGCUACUCCAGGAACAAUGGAGUCAGGAAGAAAGUCGCGACAGACUCCUAAUGAGUUUGAAGUACCGAUUCACAAAGAGACACCCACUGCUGUACCAUAUGGAUUUGUUUCACCUGGAGGUACCCUAAAUGAAACAACCUAUACCUCACAAAAGUAUCAAAACACAUGGAAUGCAACUCUUUCCCCAAAAGUUGCAGCAGUGAUGCCAUCAGUGCACGGUGAAGUAACUAGAGAUGACGGCUUUCCAGCCGACUAUGUUGAUCUCACGGAUGUAGGAAUUGAGUACACAAAUGGAAUGGAGGAAGGGGAUGAUGGUGAAUCACUACCUCCCCCAAAUAAAAAAAUUGUUCUUCAGUUGGCUGAAUCAGCUCUAGCAACUGCAAAUGGACCUACUCAGGUUGCGGCAACUUUGAAAAAGGCAAUGGAUGAGAACUUUGGACCUGUGUGGCAUGUCAUUGCUGGUACCGGUGCUUACGGAAGCAAUAUUGCAAGUCUUGGAGGCCAGCUACUUCAUUUUAAGGCUUUCGGGUGGGCCUUCUUGAUUUGGAAGACGUCUGAUCAACAGCCAGAGUAG